CCUCUCUCACCACGCCCACUGUUAUUGACAGAGACAGGAUAGAGGGUUGUAUUGUUGAAAGAGUGAGCGGUGCUUCCUCAAGCUUCGGUUUCGUGAAAGUAGACAAAAUAGUGAACAACGACCAGAGGGAAAUAUUCCUUGUAGUUGGCAAAGUUAGAUAGAAUAUCUUCAAGAUGGUUUGUGGGGGAUUUACGUGUUCUAAAAAUGCUCUUUGUUCUCUCAACGUGGUGUACAUGUUGGUUGGUCUGUUGCUGAUUGGCGUGGCAGCGUGGGGGAAAGGCUUCGGCAUCGUGUCCAGCAUCCACAUCAUCGGCGGGGUCAUCGCUGUGGGCGUCUUCCUACUGCUUAUCUCCAUCGUGGGUCUCAUUGGAGCCCUCAACCACCACCAAGUCAUGCUCUUCUUUUACAUGGUCAUUCUAUUCCUGGUGUUUCUUUUCCAGUUUGGUGUGUCCUGCUCCUGCCUGGCUAUUAACAAGGGACAGCAGGUGAAGCUGUUGAGUGCUACCUGGGCAUUGAUGAGCAACGACACACGGCUGGGCGUGGAGAACAAGUUGAACUGCUGUGGGCUGCUGAACAACAACCAGAGCAAAGAGCAGUUCAACGAGGACGUGAAACUCUGCAAUGCGCCCUGUAAACAUGGCGGGGAAUGUUUCAACUGUGGGGACUUGAUGCUGCAGCACGCUGCAGAGGCUCUGAAAAUACUGGGUGCAGUAGGACUCUUCUUCAGCUUCACAGAGAUCUUGGGUGUGUGGCUGGCUGCACGUUACAGGAACCAGAAGGAUCCAAGAGCCAACCCCAGUGCGUUCCUAUAAGAGCAGAGCGUGAAGAGGUCCACAAGUUACGCACCAUGAUAUAGACAUACACCAGGGUACCAAACAUGCACACACACAAAAUACAACAUUGGAGAUACACAGAUGUGCCAAUAUGAAAAGAACAACACACACUCGCAGCCUGAUGCCAAUUGACAAGCCACUAAGUACCUUCUGGUUCUCACAUGUGCAUACACCCGCACUGGGGAAGAAAAGGCCAUGUUGGUCUGUACAGUUUCUUCUCAUGUAUGAUAGGAUUGUUCAACAGCUUUUUUUUGUAUAACUUCUGUAUGUCAGUGUUUCUCAACCUCUGGUCUGUGGACCUGCACUGCUCUUUGGGAUAAUGGGGACCACUCCCUCAGAUGCUAAUACUUAUUUACUUUGUUCUUAAUUAGAAGUUUUAAACAACACAGUUCUCCAGAGGUAUAUCUGGUUCAUGUUCAUUAGAAACCAAACAGAAGAACAUGUACAGAAACAAGGAGGGACCUGCACUUUUCCAAUAAGAAAGUUUUUAUUUUCCUUUCUACGUUUUGCUACGGUGUGCUCUAAUGAAUAUGAGCCUGUGCUCACUAGUCCCUGGGACCAAACCAGUUGAACGACCCCAUUCAGAGACCACUCUCCCUGUCUGUCCAUGAUGUGGUUAGACUACACAGACGCAGCACCCUGUGCACCAACUACCAGCAUAGCACUGUGUGUGAUGGCAUACACAGAAUUGAUCUUAUUUUAACCAAGAAAAAUCAUUUAUAAUUUAAGGGUUUUGUCUAUGCCACAAAAUGUUGCAAUUGUGACAAUUUUACAUAGUGGGCUUCUAUUCAUUUUUAACAAGAUGUCAUUAUGUGCGGUGUGGCCAUCAAUAUUUCUUGACAAAGAGAGGUGCCAUAUAGAUCAUGUCAUGUUAGUGCCUCGGGUGGGAAUUAGAUUUUGUGCCAAACUAUUGAUUAAGAGGGGUUACUGAAUUGGAUAGUCUAUAGCUACAUUUCUCUUCCUUUGGAGCUAAAACAUAACACUUUAAUGGAGUUAAGAAUGAUGAGACAGUUCAGACAAAUGUGGGUGUAAUUCAGUUAACCCCCCCCAUCCAUUCACAUAACACUUUAAUGGAGUUAAGAAUGAUGAGACAGUUCAGACAAAUGUGGGUGUAAUUCAGUUACCCCCCCCCAUCCAUUCACAUAACACUUUAAUGGAGUUAAGAAUGAUGAGACAGUUCAGACAAAUGUGGGUGUAAUUCAGUUAACCCCCCCCAUCCAUUCACAUAACACUUUAAUGGAGUUAAGAAUGAUGAGACAGUUCAGACAUGUGGGUGUAAUUCAGUUAACCCCCCCAUCCAUUCACAUAACACUUUAAUGGAGUUAAGAAUUAUGAGACAGUUCAGACAAAUGUGGGUGUAAUUCAGUUAACCCCCCCCAUCCAUUCACAUAACACUUUAAUGGAGUUAAGAAUGAUGAGACAGUUCAGACAAAUGUGGGUGUAAUUCAGUUAACCCCCCCCAUCCAUUCACAUAACACUUUAAUGGAGUUAAGAAUGAUGAGACAGUUCAGACAAAUGUGGGUGUAAUUCAGUUAACCCCCCCAUCCAUUCACAUAACACUUUAAUGGAGUUAAGAAUGAUGAGACAGUUCAGACAAAUGUGGGUGUAAUUCAGUUAACCCCCCCCCCAUCCAUUCACAUAACACUUUAAUGGAGUUAAGAAUGAUGAGACAGUUCAGACAAAUGUGGGUGUAAUUCAGUUAACCCCCCCCAUCCAUUCACAUAACACUUUAAUGGAGUUAAGAAUGAUGAGACAGUUCAGACAAAUGUGGGUGUAAUUCAGUUAACCCCCCCAUCCAUUCACAUAACACUUUAAUGGAGUUAAGAAUGAUGAGACAGUUCAGACAAAUGUGGGUGUAAUUCAGUUAACCCCCCCCCCAUCCAUUCACAUAACACUUUAAUGGAGUUAAGAAUGAUGAGACAGUUCAGACAAAUGUGGGUGUAAUUCAGUUAACCCCCCCCAUCCAUUCACAUAACACUUUAAUGGAGUUAAGAAUGAUGAGACAGUUCAGACAAAUGUGGGUGUAAUUCAGUUAACCCCCCCCAUCCAUUCACAUAACACUUUAAUGGAGUUAAGAAUGAUGAGACAGUUCAGACAAAUGUGGGUGUAAUUCAGUUAACACUUUAUUCAACAUGCAUUUGCUCCUGUAUAAUAUUACAUUUGUUUUGUUUGUGGUACUAUGGACACUAGAGGGCGUUUGAACCUGAGUAAAAGUUGUCAUUAAACAAUUCAUCUGGACCACCAGAGUUAAUUGUGGAGAUGCUAUGGGAAAUGCAACAUGUUUUUCUCACAUCUCUCCUUGGCCUGUCCUGAUAUGCACCACCAUCAAGUGCAGCCAGUUUCAAAAGUUGAGACAAACUGUAGUCUGGAGAUUGUAACACUUUGAUUAGGAAUAUACAAUGAAGGGAAAUGUAGAACUACAGCACAAAGCAAUGGGCAGCACAGUUUUUGGAUGAUCUAGCUUAAGUGGUGUUCCACUACCAGUCUUCAUAUAUUGACACUGAACCAUUUCAACCAUCUGAUCCUUUUCUGUGCAUAUUUGUUUCCACUUGAUCUAUUUUCUAAUUAACCUGAAAGUGUUUUCCUAGUGGCACUUUGCCUGAUUUUAUUUAUUUGCCUGUCAUUGGAGGAAAUCAUUUUCUAUGGCCUAAUUGUUGCGAUCUUGGAGGAAGUUUAAAACUAGGGAUGUGCCUGUAGCUUUUAACCACCUGCCUAAAUACUUAGCAUACCAGUGACUGUUCACAACAAUUGUCAAUUUACAGUGUCUUAAAACUGAGAAGAGUUGAGGAAUGAGUUUUAUUAAGUAUUGCCCUUAAUGGUAACCCUGCUAAAAGCCUUUGGUUGCACAGUGCCUCUGCACAGCAAUGGGUUGUCAGAGUUAGUAUGUUAGUCCCGUGGCACUUCCAAAGGCUGUGAGACUGCCACUAUACGUCCUGACUCAAGGUUUUAGUUCCCCUAAAGUUUGUCCAUGAUUGACAGAAUGACUCAUGCUCAGUGAUUAUGACAAUGACUCAGCUUCCUGUUGCUUUUCACCCAAAUGGCACCCUAUUCCCUAUAUAGUGGACUGCUUUAAAGUAGGGCACUAUAUACGGAACAGGAUGCCAUUUGGGACUCAAACGUUCCUACUGUGGACUUGAUUGCCUGCUUAACCUUAAGGUUUCUUUUUUGUGCAACACGUUUUUCCUAUUAAAUGUCAUGAUUCAG